AUGGGGCUUUUUAUUACGCAUAUGCACGCUGACAGUGAGUACGACAAUGCUAUUAACUGUGAGAAUGCAUACUGGGAGCAUCCAGCAGAACAUGCGACAAGCGGGCAGUCACCACGGAAGAUGGAUCGGAGCACAGAAAGAGUUAUAUGCAGACUCAUGACGCAAGCGAUAUAUUUUGCAAAUGCGUGGAGUCAAGACAUAAGGAACAACGCAGAGGACAACGAGGGGAAGGAUACGGAGAUAAAGGGAAUCAUGAGAUGCACAAUAGCGGAUAUAUACCAAGACAUACUGAGGACAUAUGGAUGCGAGGGUUGGUGGGGCACAUAUUAUGCAUGGUACACCACACAAAUAAUGGGAACUGUGUUAGAAAAUCAAUUGGGGGAAAACCAUUGUAAGCGCGGUAUGUAUAAGGAAAUCGAAUUAGGGCACUGGCCCAUGAGGAAUAAGAUGAAGACAUGGCUAGAGCAGGAUGCAAGCAUGCAGAAGAAACUUGCACAGGAACAAAUAGGCGAUGACUGUAAGGGAGCAAAGGUAAAGCUAGAGGUCGGACCGAGAGAGGAGGAACAAGAAAAGACAGAAGACAACAAGACGAAAGAUGCAGUACAGCAGCACGUAAGACAAAUUUUGGGCAACCUGAAGCACGCAAUGAAGCAGGAGGAGGACCGAUUAAAGGCGUCCCGUGCGCCAGCACCCACGUACCCUUCUGGGGCAGAGGCACACGAUCAAAAGGCUGCCGCGAUAGAGGCACAAAUGAACAAAGCAAUCGAGCACGUGAAAGACAAAAUAAAGGAAGUGAUCGCGAAGAAUGCCUCUGCACAAGCAGCCGCCGCAGCCAAAGCAGCAGCGGCGACACCGGCAUCAACAGGGGUAGGAACGACACCGGCAGCCGCGGAGAAGGAACCGAAGAAAGAGGACGCAGCACCAGCUAAGGUACCAGAGGCACCAAAGGCGCUUCGUCCUGCGCAGACAGGGCCGGCAACAGUGAAUGGGGCAGAGGGCGUGGCCAGGUCCGAUGAGUCCGCACCGGGAUCCAUACCACAACCCCCACCUGCGGCACCUGCAACAGCACAGGACACUGUGGGCACGGGAACAGGCACAGGAUCCUCUGGCGCGCCCAAUUCUCAGAAGGCACAUGCAGGUAACACUUCUACGGCGGACUGUGGUGCAACUACGACGUCACAUGUGAGCACCCACGGAGAAGUUACUGUCCGCACAGAAAUUAGCUUUGCACCUUCUUCUUCAUCUGAGUGCUCAGGUAAGGAUGGUGCAAAUGGUCCGGGCUCGUCAGGAUCCCCAUCUGCACCCGCAGAAGCAGCACCGACGGCAGCAGACCCAGCAAAAGCAGCACCAGAAGCAACACCAAAAGGCACAUCCGGCGACUCGGGCACACCCAGCCCCGCGGGGCCAGGCAGUCCGACGACUUCACAAGGUACUCUUGGUGAAAAAGAUGCACGAGGUGGAGCAGGUGAAACGGGUGAAACAGGUGCAGCCGGUGAAGCCGGUAACACCGUGCCCUCCGUCGCGGAAGGUGGUAAAGAUGACCCCCCUCUUCUCAAUCCACCCAAACCCAAACCGAACCCGAACCCAAAUCAAUCGGGUAGUAGUGGCAGUUUCAGUGAUGCCGAUUUGGCCGAUGGAGUUUCUGGUGGGGAAGGAAAAGGCGGAGGUGAUAGUGGUGGUGUUAAUGGUGGUGUCAGUGCUGGUGGUAGUGGUGCAGGUGCUGGAGUUGGUGGAGCAGGUGGUUCCCCUCCUUCCAGUGGCCCCAGUCCAGACACCAAAGACCAACCUCUUCCUAUCCUCCCCCCUACCUCGAAACCCUUCGACCCUCGAGGCCUUAUCCCGUACACCCCCGCGAUCAUUCCAGCGGUUGUUGGUAUUGGGGUCAUUGCGUUCUUCCUAUGGAAAUAUGAAAUAAAGCAUAUUUAUAAUUAUUUUUUA